UGUUGGAGCUGUGGAUGCCAAUGUUACCUCAUGGGGUACUCUGUGUCACUGCCCACCCCAUGAGUGACUCAGCUCUGGUCUGGGACUGCCACAUUCAUCACUGUCUGCAGGAAGACGUGCCAUGGGAGCUGUGUUGCUGAGCCUGAUGGUGAAGAGCUGCUGCCAUCGAUAAUUAACACUGGGCUCCUAUUGCCAAAACGAAUUCACGGAGUGUGCAGCGAGGCACAGUUCUCUUGAUUCUGCAAGUCAUCUGGCGUGGUGGAGGUUCAGAGAGACGGGAUGGAGCGAGACAUGCACAGCCAGAGGCAGCGGGAGCUCAUGGUGUUUGACACGGGCAUGGCACAGCCCCACGAGGAUCAGUGUGGAGUUGGCUCCCUGUGAGUGCGCAGGGACGCCCUCAGUCCAGGACUGCCUCCUCUUCAUUCUCUACCAGCCCGCUUCUGCCUGCUGCCUCAUUUCCUGCAACGCUUCCAAGGAUCUGCGAGAGGCUUUGGGGCCAGGAGCCGGCAAGUAUAUUGCCACAUGGGGCUGGAGAGUUUGGUAACAACGGAAACGCAGAGCAGGGACACUAUGUGAGCCCUGGCUGCUGGCAGAGGAAGGUGCCUGGGGCUGCUUGGCUGGCCAGGGGCUCAGGACAGAGCCCUGAAGAGUGGGGCUGCCAGCUGACCUGCUGCUCCUCCACAGCCUGCUCCUCGAGUGGGGACACAGCAUCCCGUGGUGCCCACACUGAUGUCUGCCCUCACCUUGCUGGCAGGCCUGCUCCCCUAGUGCCAGCGUGAGGCUCUCACCAUGGUGCUGCCACCACCCGACAAGCGCCACGUCUGCCUGACCACCAUCGUCAUCAUGACCAGCAUGGCCUUCAUGGACGCCUACCUGGUGGAGCAGAACCAGGGCCCUCGCAAGAUUGGGGUCUGCAUCAUCGUGCUGGUGGGGGACAUCUGCUUCCUCAUCGUGCUGCGCUACGUUGCGGUGUGGGUGGGCGCGGAGGUGAAGACGGCCAAGCGGGGCUAUGCCAUGAUCCUGUGGUUCCUGUACAUCUUUGUGCUGGAGAUCAAACUGUAUUUCAUCUUUCAGAACUACAAAGCAGACAAGAAGAACCUGGAGACAGUGGCCAGGAAGGCCCUGACGCUACUGCUCUCCAUCUGCGUGCCGGGGCUCUACCUGGUGCUGGUGGCCUUGGACAGUAUGGAGUACAUACGGACCUUUCGGAAGAAAGAAGACUUGCGGGGACGCCUCUUCUGGGUGGCCCUUGACCUGUUGGACAUCUUGGACAUCCAGGCCAACCUGUGGGAGCCGCACAGGACCGGCCUGCCCAUCUGGGCGGAGGGGCUCAUGUUCUUCUACUGCUACAUCCUGCUCCUGAUCCUGCCUUGCGUGUCCCUCAGCGAGAUCAGCAUGCAAGGGGAGCACAUCGCCCCGCAGAAAAUGAUGCUCUACCCUGUCCUCAGCCUGGUCACCAUUAAUAUUGUCACCAUUUUCAUCCGGGCCAUCAAUAUGGUGCUGUUCCAGGACAGCAGGGUUUCCACCAUCUUUAUUGGCAAGAACAUCAUCGCCAUUGCCACCAAGGCGUGCACCUUCCUGGAGUACAAGAGGCAGGUGAAAGAGUUCCCCCAGAAUGCCAUCGCCCUGGAGCUCCAGCAGAACUCCCUAUCCCACAACCAGACCAUCCACAGCACGCAGGGCAUCCCUCAUGAGCCAUCACCCACCAGCGAAAUCCUGGACACAUGAUGGGCGGUGGCUCAGGACCUUGGUUCCGAUACUCUGUGCUGAGUGGAGGAGAGGUGCUGCUGCUCUCUGGCUGCAUAGGUUCAGUGUGAGGGACAAAUCCCAGCAGUGAAGGAUUCUAGGCACAAAACAAAACCAACCACGUUGUAAUUGAGCUAUGGAGUGUCCCCUAGACGUCUUCAUCUCAGGUAUAACCCUAGGAGUCCUCCAGUCAAACCAAAUGAACUUGUGAAGGACCCGAACAAGCUAAUCUUCUCUCUCCCUCCUGCCAGCCUCUCCCCUCCCAAGCAAGGGCCGUUGAGGUUGCAAUGUCCCUUUCUACUCGUGGAGCACCUCACCUUGACCCCAAGUGUGGAAUGAAGGUUUUGUUACUGGAGACCUUUUUAUGGUGUGGGGACAGGGCCAUGAGUGUAUGGGCUGGGGGGGAGGGUGGGGUGUCUGAACCAGUCAAUCCUGUGACCGUAGAUGUGUCAUAUCCCAAUGAUCCCAUUUACAGUUUGCUGUUUAUAACAUCUCCCCGGGUCCCACCUCCCCACGGCAGGUGGCAGCGAGGACAGCCCUGUCCCAGCUCUACCAGGAGCAAUACGUGCCAAGCUGGAGCCAACCUCAUGCUGGUGUUUUAUGGAUUUCAUUCACUUGAAACGACUCAGCACAAUAUUUCUAUUUUUGGAAGGGUCUCUCUGUUUCGCUCCUGCCCUUGGGCCCCUCCUAUGCCAGCACAUGUGGGCACCAAGGAGGAUGGCAAUGAUGCGUUUCACUCUGGCAUCAAGCGUUUGUAAAGAGGGCUGCUUUCCACAGCUACUAUAUUUUUAAAAUAAAAUAUUUCAAAAUUUAAAAAAAGA